CGAAUUUCACGCAGCUUCCAAGCAUUUUUCGCCGCGAACGAAGGAAGGAGCAAGAAAGCAACAAGAGAAGAGCAAGCAGCAAGCGAAAACGAAACAGUUCAGAGGCCAUCAGCCAUCGUAUCGCACGCAGAGUGAAAAUAAGACGAAAACGACAAAACGCGAGAACCAUCGCGGAACUCUUAUCGCCAAAAAGGAAGGACAAAAAAUCCGAUUUUCGACGGACGAUUGUCCCCUUCAGGUGGUGAAAAGCUAGGUUCCCAUCUCCGGGUAAAGGAAACAGAUCUCCCGAAAAAGUGAAAAGUAGUGACCAAAAAACGACCGACGAAAACGUCGGGAAGAAAAAAAAAAGUGGCAGUGUGAAAAAUCUCGGUCGAAUCUCGUCGCGAUUCGGAAACUGCGGAAUCCACACGGUGAUUAUCCGGUCGAUGCGCAACCGGAGAGCUUUUCCGGGACGAGGCAAUCAUCGGUGGACAUUUUAGUUUGGUGGCCGACGGAACAGAGUGGGCAGAAGCCAGGAAGUUGUCCUCCGCGGAAAAAGGUGCCGUGGAAAAGGAAAAUAGUUUUCCCCUAAAAGUGAGUUUUUCCCGCAGCCGCUUGAGCCGAGUGUGAAGAAGAAAGUACAAGUGUGAAGAGACAGUGCAGUGGUGGUUCCGGAGGCCCCGCUAGGAUCCCUUCUCGGGUGGAGGGCGGAGGAGCGUGAGGACCCCGUCCAGCUUGUUUGUUUGUGUGUCCCGGAGCCCCUCGGUGAAGCUUCGGGGACGAAUAAUUUCGGUGGAAGCGAACCCCAAACGGAACAACCACGGAGCCGGCACGGAGAAAGCAACGCGGAUAAUGAAGAGGAGAAAUGCCGAUUGUGGCAAGAUUCGGCGACCCAUCAAGAGGAACAAAAUAGCAGAGCAGAUUGGAAGCAACACACUGCUGUACUUGAAAUUCCUUCUACUAUGGGCGUUCGUAAUCACGGCUGACUUUUUGCUCGAGUUCCGGUUCGAAUUUCUGUGGCCAUUCUGGCUGCUGCUCCGCUCAGUCUAUGACUCGUUCAAAUACAAAGGGCUGGCUUUCUCGGUACUGUUUGUCUGCAUUGCCAUCACCUCGGAUCUGGUGUGUUUGUUCUUCAUCCCGGUGCAGUGGUUAUUCUUCGCUGCCAGCACCUACGUGUGGGUGCAGUAUGUUUGGCAUACAGAUAAAGGAAUCUGUCUGCCAACCAUCAUUCUGUGGAUACUGUUCGUCUAUCUGGAAGCCGCCAUCCGGUGGAAGGAUAGCCGAAACAUUCCACAUCUCGAUCUCUGCCGACCAUUUGCGGCACACUGCAUUGGUUACCCGGUGGUAACGCUUGGGUUUGGCUUCAAGAGCUAUGUAGGCUAUCGAAUAAGGCAGCGCAAACAGCGCGAGGUGGCCAAGGACAAUGACUUCUACAUGCAGUUGUUGCAGGAGGCUCUGCCAAAGGACGAGUCCGCCGUGAGUGGUGAAACGAAUUCGUCCGCCGACCAGCCGCAGCAGGAUCACCAGCUAUCGCCUUCUGCCCAGCAGAAGGACCUGUCGGUGACGGCUGCAGCGGCUCAGCUGCAGAGCAGCAGCUCCAACAGUACUAGUAGUAAUAGUAGCAACAGCAGUGGCGGUGGUGGCGGAGGACAUCACCAUCAUCACCAUAGUAGUAAGAACGCUCAAAGUCAUAACAAAUCACAGAGCAAUGUGACGCCCACGAGUCACGCGAAUGGUCAUGCCGGAGGAAGCACGACAGGAUCGAGUUCGACACCGACUAGCAUCAGCGGAGGAAGCAGUGCGAUGAAUGGUGGAGUAAAUCAUUCGAAGCAUCUGCAUCGGAAGAGUUUGGACAAGGACGGCUCCGGUACGCCGAGUGGGAAAGUCAACAGUUAUUCAUAUCACCAACAGCAGCAGCAACAGCAACAGCAUCAACAGAGCAGUGCUGGUAGCAGUAAUAGUGCUAAGGAGAGCUCACGAUCGCACGAUAGUUCACACACGAACGGUGCUGCCAUGUCUCCGAAGGAGAAAAAAGACUGCGACUUGACGGGCCAGAAGUCUCACUUUGAUAGUCUCUCUUCAACUAGUUAUCAUCACACGAACAGUGGCGGCGGAAGCACAAACAAGUCUACGCAGGCCAGCGAAAGUAACCAUGACAGUGGGGGAGGAAAUCGAAGCAAGGGUCAGCAAAAUGGCCACGUGAUCAACUGUGACAUGGAGCUCAACUCCAAUCAGCAAGUUCAGCAGCACAAUCACAUAGAGAACGAUCCACCGGCGGAACCGAAGUCCAAUCGUUCCGGUCGUAAAAACCGCGUAAAACAGAAGGAGAACGCCAAUCACAUGGCAGCGGUUCGUCUCGCAGCAACUCUUGCUUUGGCUUCCUCGAUAACCACACUAACGACGACCGCGGCUGCAGCAUCAACGGUAUCCACAUCAACGGCAGCGGCCACGACGACAACCACCUCCACCGCGACGACGUCAAUGACUUCCAAAGACAAUCAUCUGCACCACCAUCACAACCACGAUCAGCAGCAGCAAGAACUUCACGCAGCAACCAGCAGCAGCACAGUCUCGAACAAUACUCAAAACGGGGGCAACAGCCCGACCACCGGUUCUACGGUGAUCAGUUCGAGUUCCACGGCAGCAGUUCCAGCACUACCGCAGGCUCAACCGGUACAGUCGCCACCGGUGGUUCCAAAAGUAUGCGACACUUGCAGCCGGCUGGAGGCAGAUGCCAAGAAACUCCGCUCGGAGAUCCACAGUCUGAAGCAAGGAGAUAACGAACUGCGCCAGAAGUACGACUCCAACAUCGGCAACCUAAAGUCCUGUUUGCAGGCCAAACAGAAGGAGUACGAUGAAUUGCAAAACAAAUUCCAAGACCUGACGACCCAACGGCAACAGGAACGGCAGAGCAUGCAAACGGUCGAACGACGGCUGGGGGAAGAGCGACGCGUCCGGCAGUCGUUGGAAUCUCAGCUGCAGAACGAGCGCAAGCACAGGAAGCAAGCGGAAGAGAAGGCGGCCCGGGCCGAAUGUGGCGAGUCGUGCAAGCUCAAGCGCCAACAGCUGGAGAUGGAAAUCCAGAAGCUGCGCCGGGAGCUGAUCAACUCGGAGGAUGCGAAGCACAACGCCGAAACGCAGAAUCGCACCUUUGAACAGGAGAUGCGCAAGAUCGAAGGGCAGCUGCGAAAUCGCGAGUGCUCCGAGGUGCUCAUGUCGGCCCUUACGGCGAUGCAGGACAAGAAUGCUACCCUGGAAAAGAAUCUGUCGGCCGAAACGAGAGUUAAGCUGGACUUAUUCUCGGCCCUCGGCGACGCUAGACGGCAACUGGAAAUAGCUUCCUGUGCCGUUCGUACUAAGGAGAAAGAGAUCAUAGACCUGAAGGCAAAAAUUGUGCAACUUUUGGCAGUAAUGCCAGGCGUGGCCGGUGAAUCGCUUUGUCUGUCUGUUGCUGGUGGACCAUCUUCAGGAGGUGGCGGCGGAGGCGGCUUGCGAUUGGCCGAUGCACCUCAACUGCUUUCACAGUCUACUUUGAACGGACAGCCCAGCCCGAUGUCGCACAUUGUGAUGAACUCUCCGCCAUUGAUCGGUCAAUUAAGUCAGCUGGGAGUGCUGACUUCGACGAUCACGACACCGACUGCAGCCAUGUCCGGUGUUGUGGGACCUGCAACAAAUGUGGUCGCUGGUGGUGCUGGAAUGAUACCGCACUCGGUCCAUCAGCAACAACAGCAGCAGCAGACUGCGGCAGGAGUAGUCACGGUAGCAGCUGCAGUUGCCGCUGGCUCCAAUGGCCAAAUAGUACAAAUGCAAAACUCAAACAACUGUCCCUCCAGUCUGGAUCCAAACGCGUCGGUCUACACGCCCAAGAACUGCUCCUCGUCGAUGGUCGGCGGGACCGAGGCCUGACCUGCACCGUUGGAAUUGCAGCAACAAUUCCUUCCAAUCAGCAGCAGUAGCAGCACAUCUUUUCCCAGUCUUGAUCUAAUCAGCAGCUCUAGCGGUACCAAUCAGUUUAUUGUUCCGGCGCACGCCCUCAUUCAUCAGCAAGCGACGCAGCAAUCGCCAGGUAAUCCUUUCGUCUAAACAACCGAAGAUGGAGGGCGUAUUCGUUAUUUUAUUAUGAUCUCAAUCCAACCCGCGAGAUUUUUAAACAGAGAGAUCCAUUCGAAGAGAACGUUCCUAGUCUUUAACUACAACAAACGUCACCCAGCUGCUGCUCACUUGUCUGAUGCCCCCGAGGAAAUUUUCCGUUCUCAUAUUUUUAAAAGAGAAAACCAAAUUCGUCCUUCUCUUAAUUAAUUUUAAAUUUCUGAAGUCAACUGAGAUCGCAAAUUAGUUAAGAUUAAUAAGUUUUCUUUUCGAACUGAACUUAUCAACUUUCAACGCACACUUUAUCACGGUGAGUGAAUAUGAAAACAGUUAAUUUAACAAUCAUCGUUGGGUUAGUUUUAUUCGACGAAUCCAAUCUCAAAAUCUUCCCUUUGGACUCCCCAGAAUCGACGAACGUACUUGUUCCCUAGUGGAACGCAUUCGGUAUCCUCCUUUAGGGGAAUUAUUCUGCUCUUAGUCCCAUUACGAGAACUGUACUGAACGAUUUUUUCUCUCGAUUAGGGAACGGAAAAGGCAUGUCCCAUCUUUAAUGAGCGAUUGGUGUUUUACUGACAUACACACAUGUGUAAACUGAAUUUCUUGUAACGUGCAUUGUUCCUCUAUCUUUCUCUCUAUUUUUUCUAUCGUGAGUGUGCAGCUAAAGUCACUUGAUUGCGAAUGAUUCUUUGUUCUGAAACGUACUUUAUAUAAUAAUCUGACUAAUUCGAAAAAAUGGCACAAUUUCUUGAGUUUAUUCAUUGUUUAAAGUAGUAAUGAUCACGUCAAACCCUCAAACUCUAAUUACAUUUAUUCAAGAAGCCAACCAAGAAUCGCUUCGCAUUGAGUUUCUUAAGCUUUGCCCGCCACAAUAGAACCAUAAAAUGAACUAAAUCUUUUAAAUGUAAGAGAAAAAACAAGAAAUGUUGUGAUAUUCAUAUUACUUAAAAUUAAUGAUUUAACGUUUUAAUUUUAAAACAAAUUAUAGCUUAUUAUUAUUUAUACAAAUCGCAAACGCAAACAUGUGUGUGAAGAUCGAAAUCAGCUCCUAUUUUUUAAAUAAUUAAUUAAAGUCAACAACUAUUACUCGCGUUAACCGACAAUUAUCAAAUACCCAAAUUAGUUGAAGUUGCGAAGAACUAAAGGAUCUGCUGACAAAGUUAACGUUUUGUUCUCGACUGGAAGGAAACCCCCCCUUAAAUUAUACCCAUUAUUUAACGAGUAAAAGCGAGCCAGACAACUCAUUCGAACAUCCUUUUCUCUCUCUGACUGUCUGUCCGUAUCGACAACUGCGAAUCCGAAAUCUUCAUCCACCUGCAGAUGAUUAUGUGAAGAAACGUUAAUACAUUAGAUCAAGCUGACCGUGUGUGCAGUGUUUAAUCUCACUUUAUGAAGUAACAAUACCGACUUAAGAGGAAAAGAGAGGGAGAUUGUGUGUGUGUUUUAAGAACUGACUCGACGGAAGACAACCGGAAAAAGGAUCGCAGUUUUUUGUGUGCGUAAGAGUAUAGCAUUAGUCUUAUUAACCCCUCUGCUUCUGGCGCAGAUGAUGCAGAAACUCUUGGGAAAGUAGAUUUACUACGCGAAGAAGCAAAGGAUAUGUGUGUUGUGUUAGGGCAAAAGUAAGGAAUCCGUUGACACCAACGGCAAGCAGCAUACAAUCUACUUUAAGUUUGAACAGAAAGUUUACUUGUAUAGUAGGACAAGAUAUUGGCAGAGUCACCACACCCAUUGGACAAAAGAAAAGAUCAAACGUGCAUCUUGAGAAUCACAUACAGAGAAGUUACAUUUACUAUCUUAACGGUAACCGUACAUUGGCGUGAUCGUGAACAGAAAUAAGAAAUCGCGCGAUGAGCCGCGCAGCAAAUCGACACAAUUAAUGAAUGACAUUUGAAGAAACAAGACAUGAACAGUAACGAUGAUGAUAAGAAUACACUGAAAAUGCAAAACAAA